AUGAUUAUUGAAAAAGCAGGAUAUAGAAUUGAAAUUUAUCCAAAAUUAUAUGUUUAUAAACCUAAACAUGAAUAUUCGAAAGCUAAUAAUAUAUUAUUAGCCAAAUCACCCAAACAUUUUAAAUUAGAUCAUGAAACUUUUAAUAAUUUCCAUAAAGAUAAGGUUAAUAAUAAGUUAAUAAGUGUUUACAAAGAAGUUCCUAAACCAUCAAAAGAACUUACAUUAAACCAUAAAUCAAUUUUAAUAAAAUGGAGAAAGAUUAAUGAAAGUACAUUAGUACCAAAGAGAAUGUGUGAUGUUUCAUUUUAUUUAAUGCCUGGAUAUGAUUUAAAGGAUUGCUUAGUUGAAAUAUUAUUUAAUUUAAUCAAAAAUUUCCAAAGUGAUAUACCUGAUUUUUUAUAUACUGAAUCAUUUGGUAAUGGAUUAGAUAUGAUUGAAGAAAACAAAUUAUUAAUGAAUAUAUACCAGCCUGAAAAGUACACUGAUUUAAAUUUACCGUUGAGAAUCAUAAUAGAAAGCUUGAUAACAUUCCUUAUGUCAGAUGAAUAUGAGAAGCGUGGUUCAUUUGACCAUAUAGUUAAAGCAUAUGAAUUUAAUUAUCAAGAUCAAUUAAAGAUUAUGGCAAUAUGGGGUGAAGAAUUUACAUUACAAAAUUAUGAAUUUAUUCUGCAGCAAUUGAACUAUAUGAUAUCAAAUGAUGUAUUGUCUGAACCUCACAAUCAAGGAAUAAUCACAUUGAUUCCUGGUUAUUUGAAUUAUAAUAUCAAUAGUAAUAAUGAUGAACUUCCACCAAGUUAUGAAUCAAGUGUUUUGAAAUGA